CUCCGAGCCCCGCGGGUUUCUCCCACUUUUUCCCGUUCCCACCGGGAUUUAUCCCGUUUUUUCCCGUUCCCACGGGUUUUUCUCCCGUUUUUUCCCGUUCCCACGGGUUUUUUCCCGUUUUUUCCCGUUCCCACGGUUUUUUCCCGUUCUUUCCCGUUCUCACGCUGUUUCUCCCCGUUUUGCAGCUGUACCGCUUCCUGGCCCGCCGCACCAACGCCCCGUUCAACCGCGUGGUGCUGAAGCGCCUUUUCAUGAGCCGCUCCAACCGCCCGCCGCUCGCUCUGUCCCGCCUGAUCCGGAUGAUGCGGAAGCCGGGCCGGGAGGACAAAACAGCCGUGGUGGUGGGGACGGUGACCGACGAUGUCCGCAUCCAGAACGUGCCCAAACUCAAGGUUUGGGGGGAAAUCGGGAAU